AUGCGAAGACAUGUAACGCAGAAGAGCUUAGAUAUUGGUGUCUAUGCAUGUGCCAAGUUUGUGACGGUUUAUUGGCAAAGUGGUCAAAUGGCGAAUCUACCAAGAUCCAGCUCACGAAUUGGUUGCGAUCAAUGGGCCCAUUUCGCAUCCUGGGCCGAAUCAGGUCAAGGAAGAGACAGCAGAAUUGGAGUUUCUAAUCAUAUUCGCGAGGAUGCUACUUCUUUGUCUUAUUUGAAGGGGAUUGAAGAGGGAAAUGGGAUCAGAUCUGUUUGUUUAGCCAUCCAGCAUGUGUGGAGUCCCUAUUAA